AAGAGCUAUGGCAAACAUUACCACAAGGACAAGAUAGACAUCUCUUGGCAAAACCACAUUCUUUAUGUCUUUACUUGGUCUUCUUCCCAAAAGGCCUAAAUAAAAAAGAGCAGAACCUUAUACCCCAUUAAUCUGAUUAGUCCAAUGGCCACAAAACUUGUAGUAAAGCCUCAAAUCACAGUUUCACACCUGUCUCCUCCAUCACCAAACUCCAUUGAAAUACUGAGAAGUCAAAGAAAUACCGUCUCAGCCACUAGUCCAAGAUUAAACUUUAAGAAAAUUUCAAGAUUUGGGGAUUGGUCAUUUGCACAAAGGACCAUUUCUCUAAAUAAUAAAGCUGCAGAACAACAGAAUGUAUCAACUGAUGCUUCCCAAAUCAAGAUUGAACUUUAUGAUGCACUUCAAGGAAUUAAUAGAGGAAUAUUUGGAGCGUCAUCUCACAAAAAAUCUGAAAUUGAAGAGCUGGUCAAGCAACUGGAGUCUCAAAAUCCAACUCCUGAACCAACCUUAUCUCUAGAUAAGGUGGCUGGAAGUUGGAAGCUUAUAUACAGUACUAUAAGUAUUUUAGGAUCAAAAAGAACAAAACUAGGAUUGAGAGAUUUUAUUACACUGGGGGAUUUAUAUCAGAAUAUUGAUAUUUCUGAGGGAAAAGCUGUGAUUGUAAUAAAUUUUAAUGCGAGAGGAUUAAGUUUAUUGAGUGGAGAGCUAAGGAUCGAAGCCAUCUUCAGGAUUGCAUCCAAAUCAAGAGUUGACAUUUUCUACAACAAUUCUGCAAUAACACCAGACCAGUUGAUGAACGUGUUUCAGAAGAACUACGAUCUUCUUCUUGGCAUCUUCAACCCAGAAGGCUGGCUUGAGAUUACAUAUGUUGAUGAGAAUUUGAGGAUAGGCAGAGAUGACAAGGGCAACAUUUUUGUUUUGGAGAGAUCACAGGAGGAUAAACUUUGAGAAUUCUUGAUUUACAUUAACCUAAUUCUCCUGCCCUUUUACCCCUUAUUUAUAAUGUAAAUUCCAAUACACCCUUCCUAUGUAUAUAGAAGAAAUAAUCUCAAUUAUAGAUA